AUCAGUCCAAAACAAAUUUUGGAAAAUUAAUUUUUUGACGAUUUCAUCAAUUUUCUUAUUUCUGUGCCAUGAAAAUUGAUUUAAUGGAAUUGUACACCAUUUGCAGAAGUUUUCAAAGUACUCUCUGACCCUCUGAUGAUCUGCAGACUGUAAUUUGCUACCUGAUUUGGAUUAUUGACUGAGCAAAAGAUGACUUCGGCUUCUACAACCAGUGCUCGUUCUUUAUUCGUCGAUUCUAGAAACCGUCUAGCCGAUCGUGUUCAAGUAAACGUCAACAAUAUCGCAUCGAUUGUACGUCAAAUUCAACGAGGCUCCAAAUCGCACGAGCUACUAAUGCAAUCAGCAUCGCAAUUCGUGCAUCAAGAACGAGCUAUAGAAAACACCGAAAACAACAUAAAAAAAUUCCCCCUUAUCGUAACACAUCUCGGCUACCAACAAGAAUCAAUUGAAGAAAGUCUAUCCUCUCUGCAUCACUUGAAAAAUCAAGUCAACGAACUUCAGCAGCUGAUAUAACCGAAGAGAAUACCGUCGACUUUAAUAAAAAAUAAAUUAUAAUAACAACCACAUAAAAAAAAGAAAAAUUGUACAUAAUGGAACUAUACAUUUUUACAAACAAACGAAGAAUCACUGACAACACGAACUUAUGAAUUACGUACAAUAAACUAAAAAAAUCCAUUUACGAAUACGUAUCACUAAGACUAGAAUUGUUUGUCCGUUUUUUUGAUACCUAAUUUCGUUGAUUUUCUAGUCGAUAGGAACUUCCCGCUGGAAUUUUUAAUUAUUAUUUAGAAUUUGAAUUAAAUUAAAUUCAGAGCACUUUUCUCUGUUAAUUUAGUUAUCGUGUUAUCGAUCCUAGCGGUGAUUUGUUUCAUGAUAUCUUCGGCUAAAUCUUCUACUGAUGUGUAACGACAACAACGAAAGCUGAAUAUGUCAUUAAGGAAGCUCAUAACUUGUUCCUAUAAAAGUUUAAAGUUAUUAUUAGAAUUAUUGACAUUAAAAUUUUUUCUCUCUUGUUA